AUGUUUACUUCAGUCCGGCCGGUCGCGGCCAAGGCCUGGCGCGCCGCAAGCUCCUUGCCGGCCACCUCCCUCGGCCACCUCAGCUCACGUGUCACUCUCGCUCGUCGCCAAUUCAUCGUCGUCUCUGGACGCAGCUCAGUCCUAUCUUCUCGAGGCUUCGCCACCAAGGGUCGUCCCACUAAGAAGGCUGGUGCGAAGAAGACCACAGCCAAGAAGGCGGCGCCAAAGAAGAAGAAGAAGGCAGUAGCCAAGCCGAAGCCCAAGAAGGUCAGGAAGGUUGUAACUCCAGAGGAGAAGAAGAGACUAGAGGCGCGCGAGCUGAAGAAGAUUGCUCUCUUCACCGAACCGACUCGUCUCCCCGAGAAUGCUUGGAUGGUUCAUACAGUCCAAGGACUCAAGGGCCAGAAGGUUGGCACAGAGGGGCUGGGCAACACCAUGAGGGGCCUUUCCGAAACCUUCAAGGCACUGUCAGCAAGUCAGCUUGAGAACUACAAGGAGAUUGCCGAGAAGAACAAGCUCACCAACAAUGCUGAAUACAAGGCGUGGGUGGAGAGUCAUACCCCAGAAGCGAUCCACGACGCAAACAAGGCACGACAAAGACUUAAGAGAGUGUUCAAGCAACCCAUCAAAGGGUUCAUUCAAGAUGAUCGUCAGCCCAAGAGAGCUGUUUCGGCAUACUCCCUUUUCACCAAGUCGAGAUGGGCGUCGGGGAGCUGGCCCGGCCAAAAGGCCCCUGAAGUUGCCGUGAUACUCGCCAGAGAGUGGAAGAGCCUUGGAGAUGCUGAACGCCAAACAUACGUGGACCUCGCAAAGGCAGACGCGGAACGAUAUGAGAAGGACUACAAGAAUAUUCUUGGCCGUGACAAAUCGACUAAGUCCUCCUAG